AAAGCUAUUUUUAGAAGUUUAACACUCUUCUGUUUCCAGUUUGCUGUGACAGGGGCCUCUCUCCUGCCUUCUGUAGAUGUCAAUACUGGAUCUGACUCCACCCAUGCCCCUAAUAAAACCACAGCAUUGGUGGAGAGAACUGCCCAGAAGACAGAAUUGGUCUAAACUGUUUUAAGAAUGAUCAUUCCCAAUUAGCAGCAGUGCAAUCAGGAUGUCAUCUGAGGAAGAGAGCCGCCCUUCCUCCUCUCCUACUAUGCAUUACGUCGGAAAGAAGGCAGAUAUUGUUAAGGCUGGGCGUGUGACAAAGCGGGUGAAUGGAAGCAGAGAUGUGCUUGUCAUGUACCACCAGGGGCAGCUUUACGCAUUGGACAUGCGUUGCUACCAUGCCGGUGGUCCAUUACAGAACGGAGACAUUGAGGAGUUCAACGGACGGCUGUGUAUUGUCUGUCCGUGGCACAAGUACAAGAUUACCCUAGCAGAGGGUGAAGGACUUUACCAAGCUGUGGACGAUCCCACUGUCAGACCGCUAAAGACUCACUGGCGCUCCAAGGGAGUCAAGCAAAGGAUUCAUAAAGUCACCGAAGUCAGCGGGGAUGUUUAUGUAACACUGAAUGACUCCAGCGAGGCCAUCGAGUCCGACGUCUACCAGACUGAGAAAUACAGGACUGUUCCACUCAAUGCGCAGCCAAAGCCCAAACCCUAGACAUAGGAAGAUCAUAGAGGAGCAAUUUAUUAAACUUUGUGUUUUAUUGAAUUGCUACAAAAACUCUCCUGCUUUCAAAGACAUAUUGAUGACUUAACUGAACUUUCUGAUCCCUUUCUAGAAUAUUUUGUCAAGAAAUUGCUAUUUUUGUAUUCUAAAAAUUAUUCUUUCAAAAUUUGAUGGGAUAAAAUAAGAGAAAUAAAACCUCUC